AUGACAACUUUCCAACAUCAGCCAGCAUUCGUGCAUGCUUUCGUCGACCCUGCCACCGCUGUUCCCGAUACACCUGUACCGAAUGGUAAUUCGACUCCUACAAGACCUCGAUUGAGAUCUUGUCUCUCUCCUACACGAUCACCGUCUGUCACUCCCUCCGCUUCUAGCGCUGUGAAUACUCCCAGUGGAUCUAGAUCAACCUCUUUCUCCUCUUGUACAAGUGGAACAAGUUGGAAGAGAGGAAAAAGUGUAAGAUGGCAAGAAAUGAAUGGUUGUGCAGUUACCGCUCAACAUUAUACCUAUUCUCAAGAAGAAUAUGAUCGUACACCACUUGAACCUCCAACUAUCGCUGAGCGAGCAUGUGUAUUACCUGAAAGAGGAUCACGUUGUUUAUCAAUAUCAAGAGAUUGUUUUUCAUCUACAUCCGAUUCACAUUCAUCAUCUUUAUAUAUCGAUGGCGAAGGAGAAGAAGAUUCAGACGAUCAAGAUACAUCAGCAGACUCUUAUUACCUACAUACACCUCCUCCUUCAGAAACCAAUUCUGAUGAUGAUGGUGGAGAUCAUCAAGAAAACGAAAAGGAGGAAAAGAGACAAUGGGAAGAAUGCAUGGAAAGACGUAGAUUGAUGUUCGCAAGAAUGUGUCCACAGCAAGCUAAUGAUGAGAGACAUCCUGAAUUCGAAGGUUAUAGAUCCAUCUCAGCGACUUUAGCCAAUUUACUCAAAUCUGUCAAUUCAUGUGAAGAAGUAACGGAAGAAGAUGAAGAAGAUUGUUCAGUAGCAGAGGAAGACGAUGAUGAGGAGAAUGAGAUUGUCAGAGAUUGUGGAUUCGGAUUUAGUUCUUCGACAUCAAAAUUUGAUCCUCUGAAAAUUGGCGAACGACAAGAAGAAGAAGAGGAAGAAGAAGAAAGAGAACCUGAUACACCAAGUUUGGUAUCUUCAGCUGAAGAAAGUGAACUGGACUGUAUCAUCUCUUCCCCAGGUGGAAAUUCAACUGCAUUGAUACAUCAAAAACAGCAACAACAGCAACAGCAACAACGUCGAAAUAUAAUAGGAGUGUGCACAGAAGAAAUUGUAUUAGCAGCUUGGACAUCUAAGCAAGCAAAUAGAGAGAAGAGUGAGAUACAACAGAUCAACGAAAGAGGAAGGGAUAGAACUACUAGAACCAUAUAA